GGCCCAAUAGCGGGCGGGGCGGGGCCCGGGCCUGCGCUAGAAGGCGGGCAGGGGGAAGUGGGUAGGGCUGCCGAGAUGGCGGUGACGGCGGCAGCACGGCAGCGGGACUUGGAUAACGGCUCCUUGGAAAUAACACAGAGUUUAGAAGAUGAAGCUCUGUUGGAUGCACCGCUUAUUUCGUCUCAUACACUGUAUUCUCAACUAAGGCCAAGAUUUCAUGCUAUCCCAGUAGUUCUCCUUGCCAAUCUUCUGUUGCUACUGCAUGUUGCUUUUGUUGUUCUAGCUUUUUUAGCAGCUAUGUUUUGUUCUUACCCCAAUCCAAUUCAGGAUAAAUGCCCUGGAAACUAUACUCACCCAUUUAAAGUACAGACUGUCAUAAUAAUUGCAAAGGUAGUUCUGUGGAUUCUGCAUGUGUUUUUUGAACGCUACAUCCACCACCACCACAGCAGAGUCAGAAGCAGGGGCUACUUCUUAAUAUAUCGAACAACAAGACAUCUCAAAAGGCUUCCAUUGGUGAUACAUUCUACAGGUAAUACAGCCCUGCUUUUGAUUCUGUCAACCCAGCAUUCCUUUCCCGAUCACAGUAAAGUGUACCUGUAUCUCAUCCUGGGAGUCCUGGGCCUGGAACUGAUUAGUUCACUGACAUGCUUAGUGAUUUAUACAGUGAAAAUAAGCAACUUCAAUCGUGCGAAGCCAAGACCUGACAUAAUUGAAGAAGAAAAGAUGUAUGCUUACCCUAGUCACAUUACCUCAGAAGUUGGAUUUGGGGAAAACUCAAGUUUAGAAGAGAUAGUUGAGAAGCAAGGAGAUGUAAUAGAGUAUCUUCAACGACACAAUGCACUGCUCAGCAAGAGACUAUUGGCACUAACUUCUCAGCAAAUCAAAACUUAAAAACAUUUGGGAAACUGCUGCUGGAGCUCAGGAGGGAAUACGAGGCAAUACAAUAUCCAAACAGAUCUGCACAGAUGACUCUUCCAUCCUCUUUCACAUUUUGAAAUAGAACUGAAAUUGCAAGUAUGAGCUCUGCAUACACUGUAAACCUGUGACAACUGGACUAAAUGGCUUUUUUUCCACAUCAGUUCUCAGAAAAUGUUCAGGAGCUUCAAGAAUUUUUAAUUCUUAAAAGGUUACAAUUGGACUUGAGGUAAUAGUUUAACUUUUUUCAGUUAUUGCUAUUUUGCACUGGUGUAUUUUUUGAGCUUUAAGUUACUAAUGUAUUUUCUAGAAUCCAAAUUUGUUCUCAAAUAAAAAUUAAUUUUGCAGAGGAUGCGUCUCAGCUUAAAGUACUAAAGCUGGGAUCUUAUAUGUGUUCAGUCACUGAACUUCAUUAUUUCCAGUGUUGAAGGUGUUAUACUUGAAUAAUCUUGUUCAAAGUAGAUACUUGCUUUCUGGAUUUGUAUUCUCCUUUAUCCAGAAAAGGAAUGAAGUUGUCUCCUAUGCCAGCAGGAAUAUUCAGUGUCCAAUUUAAAAAAAAAAAAGCAGAAGGGGAGGAUGGUAUCCUAAAAUGUGUUGUUACCACAUGUGAGAUGUGAUAAUCUUAUGAUUAGCAAUUUGAGCAGCUGAUCAGAAUGCUGGCUUUAGAUAACAGUAAGGUGUCCUCAGGGCUGGUGAUUCUCCUGUUACUGGGAUUGUGUGUCAGCAAGACUAAACAGGAUUCCUUCUACCUGCCAAACUAACACAAACAGUUGAAGUACUGUCAUUGACCUUGUAACCAAUUUGUGUUGAAUGGGGUUUAAAGUUAGGUCCUGUUACAGAUGCUAUCCAGGCUGCACAUAUUCUUGCUCUAUGCUUCAACUUUUCAAAAAUGUCACUGUCUUAAUUCAAAAGCCAAAAUGUGAAUGUGUGUGGUGAAAAUCAGCAGGAGAUGGAAUGGCCUUCUGGAAGUGGGAAAACAAGAGUUUUCUAUUCUAAUAAAAUAAACUUAUUGAGAAGGGUGGUUAAAAACCGUUCUUCUCAGAUACUCUGUCUACCACUAUAGUGUAAGCAUUAUUUUAGAAGCAAAUGUCUGUGGGAAGACAGAAUAAUUACUAGUCAAAACUGAGAGGAAGAUUCUCAUGAGGCGUGGUCUUGUGGUUUAAUACGAGGGAAAGAAACACAAAUAUUCUAUUUUUUUACUUGGACACCACUUCAGAAAUAAGCUGUUUAGUGUAAUAACAAAGAUGGAGGUUGUCUUACAAGAAAAACAAAUAUUGAUCAUCUUGCUGCUAUCUAACACUAAACUGUACCCCUUAAUUGUUUUUUGAAAUAAAGCCAUGAUUUUAUAGUAAACAUAGAAGGAAUAUAAAUGUUUUUGUUUUUAGAACUCAGGUCUCAAUGUGAUUGUGUAUACUGACUUGUAUAACUGCUACAAGAAGCAGUAAACUGUGACUGAAGUUCAUGUACAAUAAAUACAACUAAGUGUCA